CACCACCCUCACCCGCAUCCGGGGGGGGGUUCCACUGCCUUCAGCUCCACCCCAGCCAUCCCCAUCACCCCCACACACACCACCACCCGGACUUCUUCUGCCCGCCUCCACCUGCCCCUCUAACCAACCCCUCGCCGCACGAGAGGGGAGGGGGGCGAGACCCCAAAGUGACAGGGCCCACGUUCAUACCAUCUGUAGGGGGAGGACACCUGGGAGACAAGUCCAGCGGGCAACCCUUCCAGAUGGGCACCCCAACCGACUGCCAGGGGUUGGUGGGUGGGGGUGGCAGUGCCAAGGACAAGGCUAUGGAGAAGAGUGGGGGAAGGGCCACCCCCAGUAACUGGCACAGGAAACAGCAGCAGCAGCACCCGUACAGAAAGGCUGAGAAGGCCCCGGACUGGAUGCAGCAGCAGAGUCACCACCACCACCCCCAACAACCCCAGCCCCAACAAACCCAGCAGCCCCAACAACCCCAGCCCCAACAACCCCUUCCCCAGCAGCCCCAGCCCCAGCAGCACCAAGCCGUCCGUUCCCGCAGCGUCGAAUGCAUCAAUAGCGUGGGAGUGGACACCACCGAUGUGUUCCGGCCCUCUCUUCCCCAGGGAGCCAAGGCCGGACACUCCCUCCCCCACUCAGUCAACACCUCCCCCUACAGAGACUGCUCCCUCCCGGGCCCCCUGCCCAACGCCUCACCCCUGGGGGGUCGGGGAGGUGCAGGCGGUGGUGCUGGAGGUGGGAGUUGUUCCUUACAGAGAGAUGGUCAGAAGGUGGCCCGUAUUCGCCACCAGCAGCACGGCGGGCCAGGCCCGGACGUCCCAGCACCAGAGCUGAACCAGAGCAAGAACCAGAACCAGGAACUGAACAGGAAGCUGGAGAUGGAGAUGACCCCGUACGGCUACAGCAACAGUGGGCAGGGACAGCAGCAUCACCCCCAGCAGCCCCCGGUUCCUCCCUGGGCCAUGAGGCCUCACCACGUCCACCCUGCAGAGGAGGAGCAGCAGCGGAAGGCCUACAUGGAGUCUCUCAGUGGUGGCAGGCAACAGCCCCAGCAACAACCAGGGCAAGGUAUGGGCCUCCCUCCUCAUCCUUCUCCCCAGCCCCAGCCCCAGCCCCCUCCACCCCCAGCCCCCUCUCAGCAGCAUCAAGACCCCCAGGUCGCCUCACAGGCCCAGGAGGAGAGCAGUGCCAUGAAGAGCCUGCUGAAGUACAGCACCCAGCAGCCCCUGCUCCUCUCCCAGAAGAGUCCCUUCGGAGGCCUGGGGAGCCUCAAAUCCGGUGGCCCUGGUGGUCCUGGAGGUGGUGCCCCCGGGGUUAGCUGCACCCUCCAAGGCAGCAAACAACAACAGGCCCUGCCCACCAGGAAGGGCCCGGCCAAUGACGGCGAGCGCUCUGACUGUGGGGGGCGUGGCCGGGAGGUGGGCGAGGCGGUGGGUCACGGUGAGGGAGAGGUGCGCCAACCGCCUGUGGGCAUCGCAGUUGCCGUGGCGAGGCAGAGGGAACCGUCCUGUCGCCCGGUGGACGCACACCCCAAUAGCCGGCAGGGGCGGGUGCACCCCUCCAUGAAAGGACCUCCUCGCUCCAUGUACCCCUCAGACCCUGCAGGAGAGGAGGAGAGGAAGAGGAUGAGUGGAGAGCGGAUGGGUCUGACCUGCCUGGACCGAGACAGAGAGGCCUACAUCAGGGAUAAUAAGGAUCCAGUGGAAUUCACAAGGAUCCAUCCGUCCAACAGCUGUCACGGUGACAUCACCUCUCACCUCAUGGUGCCGGGUGGGACUUCCCUACAAUCUGGCCAAUUAGGAGACCCCUCUGCACAUGCACACGCCCACUCGGCCCACCACCAUUGGAUGCCAAGCACUGGAAGUCCCUCCAUCUGGAUGACAAGCCACUCCUACGGAAUCGGCCACUCAGCCCUUCACCAGAACCUCACCCCAGGUUUUUCUGCAGCCAUGCCAGGGUCUCUACAGCCUGUGCUGCCUCUGCCCCAGGACCCGUCUACCCAGCUGGUGGUGCUACCCACAGAGCCUGCUGCCCACCCUGCCACACAUCACCUGGAUGUGAUGGAGCAGCCUGGGCUGUGGCCCUCAGUGUACGGAGCCCGAGGGCCCUCCUCCCACAUACACCCACAACACCCUGCUGUGUACUCCCGCUCGCAGUUUCUACGGCAACAGGAGCUGUACGCUCUCCAGCAGCAUCAACAGCAUCAUCAUCUGCAGCAGCAGCAUCAACACCAACAGCAACAGAAUCACCAGUCACACCCCCUGUCACACCCCCAGCCACAACCCCAACCCCACCCACAACCCCAGCCUCAGCAGAACCACAGGGCAGCACAGACCAUGGAGCUCCAACAUAGACCCAACCACGUCCAGGUGCAGAAGAGACCAGAGGAGCCUUCAGUGGAGCUGGAGGAGCUGCUCUCUGAGCCAGCAGGUUCUAAACCUUCCAAACCCUACUCCUCCUACCACAACCGCUCCUCCAACAGAAACACCCCCACCCCAGGGGCCUGCACUGCUCACCUGUCCCCCUGCUGCCAGUCCCAGUCCCCCUCCCUGCACCCCCACCCUAAGAGCACCCCAUCCACCCCCUGCCCCGCCCCUAGCCCGGCAGCCGCCGCCCCUCGGUCUCCGGCCAUCAGUCCCGUCCCCCCACAGCUGCCUAAAGGGGCGGACUCCCAGGACAAGAGAGGAGAGGGACAGCCCCCGCAGGAUUACCCACAAUCCCUGGAGCCUGACUUGCCUCCUGGAUACACCUACCCUGCCAUCGCCAUGGGUUACAGGAGCGGCACAUCCCCCCACGAUGUCCGAUUGGCCGAGCCAGCCGACCUGGAGGCGGUCCAGGCGGAGCCUGCUGAGAAUGCUCCCCAGCCUCUCUCCAGCCUGGGGGCGGAGCUAGAGUGUCAAGCCGUGGUGAGGCCCCUCCCACACCAGGAAGUGGAGGAGGAAGAGGAGGUGCAGAGAGAGGAGGUGGAAGCCGGAGUAGCAGCAGGCAGCUGUGGACCUCCAGAUCAGGAGCAUAGGGAGGAGCAGGAGGAGGAGGUGUCACUGUGUCCUGCUGCGGAGAGCCGUGUGUGUGAAACCGCCUCCUGUCCCAUCCCCAUCCCCCUCUUUGAGGAGGAGAACCACAGAGCUGACCCCACCUCCACCCUGGAGGAGCAGGAGGAGGAAAAGUGCAAGGUGGAGAGAAGACAGCAGCAGGAGGUGGCAGGAGAACAGGAGGAGCCAAAGCAGGGCUCCAUCAUCAUCGACUUGGACCCUCCCUGCCCUGCCCAGCCCCACCAGGAGAUACAUACUGAGGAGGAAGAGGAGGGAGGAGAGGAGGAGCAGGAAGAGGAGAGUACUCCUAAUGAUGACAACCACUCAGUAGAGUUGGUGUGCCUCUCCCCCGACUCUCCCUCUCCCUCUCCAUGCCCCAGCCAGUCUAUCAUCACCCUCUCCCCCUCCUCUCCCUCUCCGUGCCCCAGCCAGUCUAUCAUCACCCUCUCCCCCUCCCUGAAACCCAUUGUGCCUAGUUACUGGAGCCUAGAGCUGCUGAUCGCUGCAGCCUUCUGCGCUGACGUCCCUCCGUUUCCCAUGCUGGCCUCCAGCACCCUCCAGCCCCAGGCCUGUGACACCCAUCCCUGCCCCAGCCACCCCCACCACGGCAUGGAGCUGCUCAGCGAGCUGGCCGACCUGGAGCUCCAACAGCACCGACACAACACAGGAGACAGCCAAGGAGAGGAGAUGUUGAUCUUUGACCUCCAGAGUCUUGCCACCCUGGCAGCAGCCCGUGCCUUGGAGCUGGGUGCCCAGGAGGGUAGCGGGGAGGGCGCCGGGCGGCACUACCCAGCCCGCAAGACCCUCAACCUGCGCAGGAAAUGCAGCUGGACACCUCGCCACGAACCGGCAUGCCCGGCCAAGGGCACCAUGGAGAGGAUGGAGGGUCCGGAGCUGGCCAUGCGGGUGAAGCUGGCAGAGCUCCAGAGGCGCUACAAAGAGAAACAGAGGGAGUUAGCCAAGCUACAGAGGAAGCAUGACCACCAGAAGGAGGAAACACCUCGCAGCCCUGCUCGUAGAGGACCGGGGCGGCCCAGGAAACGUAAAUCAACCCCCGCCGCUGGCCCAGGCUCCUCCUCUGAGACCCAGAGAAAAGUCAAGUCGUUAGGGGCGGGACUUGGCCUGUCGCCCGAGGACCUGCUGGGAGGAGGGGGCGGGGAUGCCCAGAGGAAGAAGAAGAAGCUGUCCAAUCGGGGCUUUGAGCGGCUCGGCGCGACAGAGAUUAAAGUUCAUGGCAGCAGCAGAAAGAAUGUCCUCCACGGUGUCCUCAGCUCUAAGCUGGCCCGUGACGUGACCCAUCAGCAGCUCAGACAGCACAAGGCCCAGGGCGGGAAGACGACUGGGAUGGGGGCGGGACCACGGGAUAAGGAGGAGGCGGCCUCUGUGGCUAGUUCCGCCCCCAAGCACCAUGGACAUCGAGGCCAGGCCACCUCCAAGAAUGAGUCCAGACGAGUCAUCAACGAGUCCGGCGUUCAGAGUGACACAGCAGCCAGUGCAGACAGCGGCGGCCAGGAGGGCUGGACGGGGACCCCGCUGAUGAUGCGUGGGGGCAGGAGGAAAGGGAUGGGGGGAGCUCUCGGGGUCCAGGGGUCCACACGGCUGCAGCAGCCCAGGGCCAGGGUCCUCCGAGCCAGGAGUCAGGAAGCCAUGGAGGGGGGAGAGACCUCCCCUACAGAGAGUGAAUCCUCCAACCAGGAAGAGGAGGAAGAGGAAGGAAGUUAUGACAGUGACGAAGGACAAGACAUCAAAGCACAACCCUCCCGAGACGUCUCAUCACGCUCCGCCAUGACUGGUCCAUCCCCCUCGUCUGUCGUCAAGCUGGAGGCCAAUCAGAAAGCCCGGAACAAAAAAGAGAGGCAGGAGCUUUACGGUUCCCAGAGUCUGUCCGGGGCAGAGGGAGAGGUGAAGGUGAGGAAGAGGGCCCCCUGUAGGCUUGGCAUGGUCACUGCAGCCAAGAAGCACCCAGAGUACCAGGACCCGUCAGAGGGGGUGAGGAGGGCCGGCGGACCCAGGCCCCAGGAGCCUCGCCGGGAGAGCCUAGGGACCAGGGGCAGCCUCUACCGGAGGACCAUGGGGCCGGUCACCUUCCCCACCACCAGUGAGAGGCUGAAGAGGGCCACACGCAAGAACAACAUGCUGAGGGGACCCAUUAACAAGAGGAGAAGUUGCUGGUCAGGCGGUGUCCAGUCACCUCAGAGUGAUGACAACACUUGCAGGGGGAGGAGGAUCAGAAACAAACAGCCCAAGGGCCGUGCAGUGAGCCGUCUACUAGAGAGCAUGGCGGCGGACGAGGGCUUUCAGAUGGACGAGGAUGAUAGCAGCUUCUCCGAGGGGGAUGAGGACAGUAACCCGUCAUACCCUCACAACCCCAGGAGUCCACUAGCAGCCCCCAGCUGUGUCCUGACCAAACAGCUGCUGACAGAUGGACUCAGGGUGCUGAUCUCCAAGGAGGAUGAACUUCUGUACGCAGCCCGGGUCCACACACUGGAGCUGCCUGACAUCUACAGCAUUGUUAUUGAUGGGGAGAGAGGAAACCGCCCCAGAAUCUACUCACUGGAGCAACUGCUGCAGGAAGCGGUCCUGGAUGUGCGUCCAGAGACAGAGUCGGUGCUCGCUGAGGGGACGAGGGUGUGUGCCUACUGGAGCGAACGCUCUCGCUGCCUAUACCCAGGCAACAUACGCCAAGGUGGUUCAGGGGAGGAGGGGAAGCAGGGAGGUGUAAUGGUGGAGUUUGAUGAUGGAGACAGGGGGAGGAUCUCCCUCCUAAACAUCCGCCUUCUCCCCCCGGGCUACCAGAUCCACUGUGCGGAGUCGUCCCCUGCCCACCUGGUGACUAGCGGCCGGGCGGCUCGGAGGAGCUUCAGUCUGGAAAAAGCCCCCCUGAGUGAGAGAGUCUCGGAGAGACAGGCCAGCACAGAGCCUGUCAGGAGACGACCAGGGAGACCCAAAGGUUCAGGGAAGAAGAAGAACCUGUCAGACAGCACCAAUAAGAACGCAGCCCCUCUGCUCAGCUGGCCGGCUGUGGCCGUCCCCAGGAAGAGGGCCUGUGAAAAUCUGUUCCAGCUCAACGGGACUCCCAGGAAGGCCCUGAGGGGGACGAGGGAGGCCCACCUGUUCCCCCUGCCCCCGGCCCCUGUCUCUGCCCCGACCAAGGGCCUGUUCAGCAGCAGCUCCUUCGAGGUUGACUCCUUCAGCAGCAUCGCAAAGGGCUACUCCUCCUUCUGUAGCACCCAGCCCACCGGCAUGUCCCUGGGUUCCAGGACCGGGCCCUAUGUCCAGAGACGGAGGCCCGGCGAGGUGCCGCGGAGCAGCAGGAAGAGCGGUCAGGAGUUCCUGGUCAAACUGGAUCACGAGGGGGUGACUUCACCCAAGACGAAGAACAGCAAGGCCCUACUGCUGCUGGGCGGUGGCUCUGGGUUCGGGGCCAAAGGCGUGGGUGGCCUCCCCAGGCCUGAGGCCUACUCCCACCCAGUCCUGCUGGUCAAGGACAACAGGAAGGGAGGUUCAGCCUCGAGGGCUGAGCUCCUCCUUAAGGGUGCCCCUCCUCCACAGAGGAAGGCUUCUCCCUCCCUGGCUAUGGGGGAGUAUGGUGUCGGCGAGCUGGGUCUCAGCUGCCAUCGUGACUGCCACAGCUCCUACUCGGACCUGGAAGACGAAGAGGAGGAGAGGAGGAGGAGAAGGGCGGCUGCGCUGGCCACAGCAGCCUCUGGAGGCCUGAGGACGGUGGGAAGCUUCCUCUCGCGCCUCUCUGUCUCGUCCUCUUCCUCUGGUUCCUCAAGUUCGUCCAGCUCGGGCUCCAUGUCCAGUUCCAGCCUGUGCUCCUCGGAUAACGACUCGUCCUACAGCUCGGAGGAUGAGGAGAGCUCCACGCUGCUGCUACAGAGCUGCCUGUCCUCCCACCAUGGCCUGCUGCAGUCCCCCGAGCCCCCGGCUGCAGCCGGACCCCACCAGGGCCAACAGUCCUUCGUGGCCAAGGCCAUGGCCGUAUCCAACACCAAGGGAGGAGGAGCCACCAACGACCACAGUGCCAACAACAAGCUUCUCAAAAGGAAGGAGUGCGGCAGCUCGUCCCCCUCCAAACCCCCCAGAGACCUGGUGAAGAGGCAGAGGAUUAUCCCCGAUGAUGCAGGACCAAGACCCAAGAUGAACACGUUCCUACCGGGAAGACAGAUGUGGAGGUGGUCGGGGAACCCCACUCAGAGGCGGGGGCUGAAGGGGAAGUCCAAGAAGCUGUUCUACAAGGCCAUCGUACGGGGAAGGGACAUGGUGCGAGUGGGCGACUGUGCCAUGUUCCUCUCUGCCGGCCGGCCCCACCUACCCUACGUGGGCCGCAUCGAGAACUUCUGGGAGUCGUGGAGCUCCAGCAUGGUGGUGAAGGUCAAGUGGUUCUACCACCCAGAGGAGACCAAGUUGGGCAAGAGGCACCGUGACAGCAAGCACGCUCUGUAUCAGUCGUGCCACGAGGACGAGAAUGACGUCCAGACAAUCUCCCACAAGUGCCAGGUGGUGAGCCGCGAGGAGUAUGAGCACAUGACCCGCGGCCAGAAACCCAGCAGCAGCGUGACCACCCAAGGCCUGUACUAUCUGGCUGGCACCUACGACCCCACCAGCGGUCAACUGCUCACUGCUGAGGGGGUAGCCAUCGUCUGCUGAGUUGAGGACAUCUUGUCCUGAGGAUACUACUGAACCACCCAUCUGAUGGGUCUGAUGGGAAAUGAAGGUGAAGGUCCCCGCAGCUUUGCCUGAAGGUGCCCAUGGCCUGACUCAGUCCGUAGGAGGGUUCCCAGAUGGGUCAGUCCUGAAGGAAGUGAAGGUCAAGGUGCCUGUGGCUUUCCCUGAAGGACCCCUGGCCUUAGUCAGUGCUGACUAGUGGUGGACAUCAGGGCCAAGGCAGGGCUGUCCCCUGUCUACACUGGAUAUCUCAACACACAUGGCUGCUAGACUGGGGUCUAGUUAAAAGAAGGGGAGGGGGUAGCCAUUCACAGCAGUGAACCCCAUUCUGCUCCCACCCUCACUGGGUAACUGGAGAAAAAGAUCUGGGUCCUGAACAACCAGGAUCCAGGAGGUCAAUGACACCCGACUGACUUUCCAUUGGUCCAACUUAACAUCUCUUUAGUUUAGACUGAGGAUGGCAUGUUUGAGGGACGGUUUCACGCCUGAUCUUUACACCACUCACCCAUCAUAGGUCACCAAAUUAGAGCUGAAUGUAGGAUUGGACAGCUCAAAGCACCAUUAGGACCAGGCCAGGCCUGUGGUUGCCUCAUUUCAGCUGAGUGCGUAAGUGAGUGAGUGAGGUAUGGGAUGUACUCUCCAUAGUUUGUCUUCGUGAUUCCAGGGAUGUUAAAAUAUGUAUAAGAUAUCGAUGAUAAAGAUGUAAAUAUUUGGAAUAAUUUUUCCAGUCAAGCCAUACACUUCAGUACCUCUUGUCUCUCUUAUGGAUCAGGUGUAUACUGUACAGGUCAAUUAUCUGUUGUUUUUGUUGUUGUUGUUGUCUAUAUGUAUAUAACAACUAUUUUAUAUAGAAGUAUAUAUGAAAGGUAUCUUUCCAUGUUUUUUUAUUGAUUUAUUUUUCUAUGAGGUGUGAAUAUGGCUCUUUGUGUUUUUCUUUGGGACGAUGAGCUGAAGAUGUAAAGGUGUUGCACUACACAUGACCUGCUGAGAGAGAGAGAGACAGACAGACAGACAGACAGACAGACAGACAGACAGACAGACAGACAGACAGACAGACAGACAGACAGACAGACAGACAGACAGACAGCACAGAAAUUAGAGAAGGAUAUGACGGGAGAGGUCUCACUCUCUCAGAGAGAGGAGCCAUCCUGUUGAAGUGUAAAUGUGUCCUUAAAUGUGUUACUUUCCACAUGUGUUAUUUUGUUUUAUAACCAUCUUUAUUUAUGUACUUUUCAGUUGUUCCUCGCUACUUAGCAGAUCCACGUGGACUGCAUUCACGGGUUACAAAAGAAUACUAUUAACAAGUGAGAAAUACAGAUAUUUACAUAUAUUUAUUUUUAUUGGUAUUGAAAUACAUUCUAAUAUUGCCCUGGCAUCACUUUAACUAUGCCAUUGUGGCAUGCUCUCCACAUUAUUCAAUUCAAAAUGAGUUGGUCUGCAUAUGCAGGUGUAUAGAAGCGCUAUACUUCAAGUACACAUUUGGACCUGUAAAAACCAAAGCUUCUACUCUGUAAGAUCUUCAUGAAGUACUAUUGAAGUAGUACUUACUGAAGAACAUCAAGCAGCUGUGUUAUUCAGAGAUCACUGGGAACUUAAUAAUCAAACUGUUUCUCCCUCUGAGAAUACAAGACAUCCCCCUAUGUGCAUAUAUGGCUUUGCUUUGUGACAAUGGGUUUUCUUGCACACGUACCUGUAGCUCUGUGAGGUCCAAAGUCCCUGUGGCCAAAAUGCAUCAGUGACCUGAAACAGGUGGCUGAUAAGGUCAUACCAAGGUCAAGGUACUGUCAACAUCAAAAAAAGGUUUGAGUAUUGACAAUUUGUUGGAGAUUCAUCAGUUGGGUUUAUUGAUUAAUUAAUAGACAUGCCUCUUAAUUAGGAACACACAUGCACUCAAUGUUAACGGUGAAGGACAAUCAAAAUAUUGCUUUUAAAUGUUUUAUUUUAUUUUGUGCCAAAUACAUUUUGUCUCAGUCUCUGUCGUUUUGAUAUGCAAUCCUGACUGUAUUUUUACGUUCUUACAGUUUUUUAUUUGCUCGUCAUCAACCUUUAUUUAUUGUCAAUGUUGCCGUUUGCUCGUCAAGCCAAGAGCUCUCUAUGACAACGUGAUGUUGUUUCUCCAUGUGAUGUCACAUUUGGAUUAGUUUGGUCUUUGAAGAGGCCGCGCAGUAAAAAGGAAUACAGGAACACUGGAUUAUUCUCACCCAUAAACCUCUCUGAAUAACUUGAUGUUUGGACUGGACCCUCCUGCUCUCUGUCUGUGGUGGCGCGACUGACUGACUAACUGACUACAUCGCAGACGUUUCAUUGCAUCAACCAAUAGUUAUGCGCCAUGUCAUCGACUGCACAGUCCGACAUCAUAGUGCUAUAUCAUAUGGUGUGGUUAGCAGAUAUGUUAAACAUAUACACGAGUGUUGAGAUCUGGCAGGCGUCUGCAAUUUAGUCAGGCAGGAAGGCCACCUAUGACUCUGCACCCCGGGUUAGAUCCCGGGCUGUAUCACAACCGGCCGUGAUCGGGAGUCCCAUAGGGCGGCGCACAAUUGACCCAGCGUCGGGUUAGGGGAGGGUUUGGCCGGGGUAGGCCGUCAUUGUAAAUAAGAAUUGGUUCUUAACUGACUUGCCUGGUUAAAUAAAGGUUAACAAAAGAAGGGAAAAAAGCUCCAUCUCAGGGUCCCUCAGUGUCUGUGACUCUAACUUCCUGAAAGAUUGAACUCCCAUUUGUUUCAAGCAACAUUUUUUAACGCUCUAAGGCCGAGAUGUGUGUGUUUGUGUGGCCGGGAUGUUUGUGUGUGUGUGUGUGUGUGUUUGUAUGUGCAUGCGUAUGUAUGUUUGUGUGUGCUUGCGUGCAAGAUACUGCAUGCCUGUUAAGAGGCCACUGGAUAUGAUGAAAUUAGAAUGUAGUUUUGGAACUCCCAUGUCUUCACUUGUAUAGCGAGAAAGACAGCCUUAGCAUUUUGUUUGGAGGCCAGGUGCUAUACUAAGAUGGCUCAGAGACGUUGCAUUGAAGUUCAGUGAUUGGGCAGAAUAUUGCAAAGGCUCAUGGGCCAAAGAAAAUCAGGAUGCAGGAGCAUCUUUCCUUUCAACUCACUUUUAGUUAUAAGGGAACAGAAAUAUAAGGUGUGAAAGGUAUGCAGUGUCUCAUAGAGUUGUUACGGUAAAUAUUAACAUCAUUUUGACAUAUGUUUAUUAUGAUUAUUAUUUUAAUAUUGUUAAAUUGAAUUAUCUCCUGCUAUCAAUGUUAUAAAGACAUGUAGAUGUGUAUAGCAAGUUUGGGGGUGAAUGUUUUACAAAAAAAUACUUUAAUAAUAUAAAUCUGUAAAAACUGUUUUAGUAUCAAGAUUUUUUUAUCUGGGUUAUGAAUAAAUAUCACAACUUAAAAUGA